GCAACGGUUAGUAAACAGCGCUGUACUCCUUCAGCUGUGUGGAGGGCUUAAAGUCGACAAAGACGAAAUUAACUCGAUUUUAAAGCUCAGGAUCACUUUCACUCGGUUUUAGGAUGGCGAGUGUUGGAGAAGAUGAAGGGCGAGGGAGCACAGAGGGUCUUCCAGAGGGGUCAGCAGAGGUUCCGGGGGGAGACCAGGUGGAGUCCAGCACUGAUGAUCCGGUUUCACACACACAUUCAGAGUGGGACAGUGGUGACCUGCCUGAUCCUCCUGCCUCAUCUCUACAACUCACACUGGCCAAUUCUACGGUGGCUCUUAUAGAUGGAGAGUCAGACGAAAGAAGCAGGACGAUGCAGAACGAUGAGGAUGAAGAGGAUGAAGACGAGGAGCUCAUAGUGUUGGACCCUGAGCAUCCUCUGAUGAAGAGAUUCCAGUCUGCCCUGAAAAACCACCUCACAAAACAGCUGGAGAGACUCGAUCUUGAGCUCCGUGAGAAGGUGGCGCUGGAGCGAGCGGAGGGCAGUCGGAGGGAGAAUUUGGGUGUGGAGCUGUACUCGGUGCAGCAGGAGCUGGCCAGGCUGCAGGCAUUUCUGGAAGGCCGUCAUGAGGCCUGUGCGCAGGCCAGCACCCAGCGGAGACAGGCUCAGGGACAGCUGGAGCACAUCAGGAACCAGUACAGGACUGUAGCGGGACAGGCCAGCACACAGCGCACACAGGUAUCGGAUUUGCAGUCGGAGGUGGAGAAGCUGGCCCUGCGUCUGCUCUACAUGCAGGAAGUGACUUCUGACCUUCGCUCGGACAUCACUGCCAUGAAGAACGCAACACACAAAGUGAAGGCAGAGAAACUGCAGGCCGAACAACAGAAGCACAAACAGGACCUGUAUGUGGAGCGUCUGGUGAAGCAGGUGGAGAAGCUGAGGGAUCAGAUCGCUCUGUAUGAGGCCCAGACUCUCGCGCAGGCCGAGGAGACACAGGCAGCUAAAGAGACCUUAGCUGAGGCUCAGCUGGAGAUAGACUCUCUGACUGUGGAGCGGAAGCAGCUGCUGCAGCAGUGGAACAGCAGCCUGAUUGGGAUGAAGAGGAGAGACGAGACUUUUACCGUCACACAGGAGGCACUCAGGCUUGCCGAUCAGCAGGUGCGGUCCCUUGACACGGAGGUGGAGGGCUACAAGAGAUCCAUCAUGAAGGAGCAAGAGCAGAACGAGCUGCUAACCGUACUGCUGAACCGCGCACAGCUCAACAGCGCCACCUACCGCAAACUCAUCACACACUCAAACAGCCAGCAGGAGGCACUACAGGCCCUGUACAGCACAUACUCCCGCACACUGCAGGAGACCGAGAAGAGCCUGAACAGAGUGACCGCGGAGUGCAAUGCAUGUCAGUCUGAGCUGACUGUUCUGAGGAAGCAGUUGGAGAAGGAGUCGUCAGUGCGUUUGGAUCUGGAGGACAAGAUUGUGAAGAAGAUGCAGGAGCAGCUCACCCACGAUAACGCAGCUAAAUACUCCAAACACCUCACCAACAAGACCGCCGCACACCAGAGAGACAGGGAGGCUCAGCUGUCUAAGCUGGAGAAUGAACUGGCUGCAGUAACCCUAGAGGCCAGCCAGGUGGCGCUGCAUUUGGAGGCUCUGGCUGGCCUGCAAGCAGACCUGGAACAAGAAAUGACAUGUCGUCACCAGCUGCUGACUGCCAGCGAGGCAGAGGGGGCCAAACGUACCACUGCCAUUGAGCGCAAACAGGCCACCAUCAACGUCUACAAUAAGAAGAUCCAGCAGAUUGUAGCCAGCACAGGGCAUGAAGACCUGGGUCCUCUGGAGAUCCAGGCCAGCACCCUCAAUAAGCAGCUGGAGGAGGUGGGGGCAGAGAUUAAAGAGAAGCAGCAGUUCUGGCUCUGGCAGCAGGGGGAGCUAGUGAGACUGAGCCAGGAGAGACAGGCCCAGAACAGCGCAGUACAGAACUUGCAAACGCAACUAAUUAUCCUGCAGCAGAGGAAGAUCAGGACAGAGAGUGAAAUAGAGCAGGAGCAGCGAGGUUUAUCAGAGUUGGAGCGACACUCUAAAGCUCUGAUGCUGGACCUGCAGAAACUGAACUCACUACUGAGCCAAAACACACAGCAGAGCCAAGAACUACAGCAGAGUAACAGCCUGAUGGAGAGCAGCUUCAUCCACCAGCUUAAAGAAACUGUUUAUGUGUGUAUGUAGGAUGCAGAGAGGGAGUCUGUGGAGAUGCAGCUGCGUCUGGAGAAGCUUCAGGAGGAGAAGGAGAGACUGCUCAACAGCCUGGUGGAGGCAGAGCGUCAGAUCAUGCUGUGGGAGAAGAAAACUCAGCUUGUUCGUGAGACCCGCUCUGCUGUGGACUCAGAGGUGGGGAAAGGAGAAAUUCACACCAUGAAGGCAGAGAUACACCGCAUGGAGGUGCAUUAUGGUCAUCUGCUAAAGCAGCAGAAGCAGUUGUUAAGGGACAUGGAGGCGGCGGUUGUCAGACGUGAGAGCAUCGUCACUCAAAGUGAGGCUCAGGCCCGCAGUGACCGUAAACACCCCACACACACUGACCUCCAGCACACACUGCAAGCCCUGCGCCGCAACAUCCUACACACGCACAAGCAAGUGGAGGAGUGUGAUGGUGUGUUAGCAGAGCUGCAGGAGAAGCAGAAUUCUCUGAGUGAGAGUCUGAAGCAGAAACAGCUGCAGAUCAGUGACCUUCACAACACCAGCACUGCCCUCAGUACUGACCUACAGGAUCUACAGGAGACCAGAGAGAGCAACCUGGCUCGGCUACUGUCUCUGCAGUCUCGGGCAAAGCAGCUGCAGGUGGUGAAGGAGGGUCGCUACAGCGCCACGGCAACUGGAGAGGCUGCGCUGAAGGAGGCCAUGCAGAAACAGCACGAGCGGCUACGUUCGGUCAGCGGCGUUCUGCAGCGUGUGGUGCAGGACUUUCCCCAUUAUGAGAGCGCCCUCCGCAAAAUAAACCUCCUACUGUCUGCACGCACCCCCACGGACCACCAGAGAGCUUAA